CUCAUAGCAAUAAAACGUUAAUUUCAGUAGAUGACUCUACAAAGCCGGUGUUAGUUCGUCGGGUGAUUUUUAUUUUUACCUGUCUAUAUAACAAGUGAUAAAAUGCUGCGAUUUGUGUUUGGCUUCUGUCUGGUGGCUAUUGCUUGCGCUCAGGAAGCAGCAAUAUCUACUUUAACAUCUGGUGACGCUAAAGGUACUGUUUAUUUCAAUAAGACUUCUGAUGGAAUUUUAAUUACUGGUUUCAUAUCUGGAUUAACUGAAGGUGAUCACGGUUUCCAUAUUCAUAGUUUUGGGGACUUGACCAAUGGUUGUACCUCUACAGGAAGUCAUUUCAAUCCUCAUAAUGUGAACCAUGGAGGGCCAAAUUCCUCUGUAAGACACGUUGGAGAUUUGGGAAACAUUAAUGCCAACAGCAGUGGAAUAGCAACAAUUGACAUACUCGAUUCGAUUAUCUCUUUAAGCGGUGAACAUAGCAUCAUCGGCAGAGCUGUACUCGUACAUGCUGAUCCAGAUGACUUAGGCUUAGGAGGAUAUGAAGAUUCACUCACAACUGGUCAUGCAGGCGCUAGAGUCGGAUGUGGAGUGGUUGGAAUUUUGGCUGAAUCAGAAUCGAGUGGAUCUCCACGUAUAGUAAAUUCAUUGUUCUCCAUUGUGUUAACAUCAAUUGUUGUAGCCGGGCGACUAGUAUUCUAAAUAGAACUGUUAAAAAUAUCUAUAAUAUGACCAAUUGAUUUUGUUCGAUAAUAUAAAAAGCUCAGGGAAGAUACCAGAGGUCGAAAAAAAACAAUGUCUGAAAUGGCGCUUGGAAAUGAAGAUCGCUGUUAUUUUAUAUGUAAAAUUAUAUGGGGAAUAUCAAAGAUCAUUAUUUCAAAGCCAACUGGACGUUCUUUUUAGAUCAUACGGUAUACUUUUUUAAGUCUACAAACCUGAUAUUACUGUUAAUUCUGAAUAAUUAUAUUUAUGUGUUAUCUUAUUAGUAGAUUAUGAUAUAAUAUAAUUAAGUUAUAUGAAAAUAUGUUUUAAUUUUGUAAUUAUUCCGUGUGUUGCGAUAAGUUUCUGUAAUUAUUGUUACUUAUUAAUAAAAUAUACUUAUUUACGAGUUUUA